ACGGGACAGUUGAAGAUAAAGACAUGGGCUAUACGGUGUCCGCUUAAAGUUAUAUCAAGGGCCAUACAAAAGAAUAAGGUGGAACGUACCUUAAUGCGACCAUGUGAGAAUGUUAGCGAAUAUUUGCAAAAAAAAUUGAAAGUCGAUGAAGAAGCACUCAAUACGGUGACCAAGAAAUCGCCAGGUAUUUUACGGGUGAACAUAGCGAAAUUGGAUCAGUUAAUCGAUAUACUGCACCAGAAUGGAAUUACUAGCGAUGAAAUCUUACGGCAUGCCCGAAUCUUCUAUUUUAAUAUAGAAACUGUACAGAAACGAAUCGAAAUCUUUAAGAAAGAAGGUCUUCUUCCGAAACUUACAAUGCUAACACAAUCUGAGCAAAUUUUUGAUCAGUACAUAGAGGUGACUAACGAACAGCAGAGACUGUUGCAAGAACAUGGAAGUGUUAAGAACUACUUAAUUGACCAAUUAAACGUGGACGAGAAGCUCCUUGAAGAAGUAAUUACAAAACGUCCGACUAUCUUACGGGUGAAGUUAAAAAAGUUGAUUAAAUUGAUCAAUGUGCUGCGACAAAAUGGUAUAACCGGCGACGACAUAAUAAGGCAUCCAAAAAUCUUUUAUUUUAGUACCGAAACACUGUGUAAGCGAAUUGAAAUGUUGAAAGAGGCCGAUAUACCGCUAAUCUCAAUUUAAUAAUACGUAUGCAAAGAAACUUCAGUCAAUCUGAUCUAACGGAUCUCAAACUCAGAUUACACAGGUCAAAAAACGUUCAUACAUAAAACUUAGGGUGUAGUAAAUUUAUUUUAUUUAACAUAACUAUUUUUGUAACAUGCAAACUUGUAAAAAAAAACAAAAAUGUA